GUGCAGUCCAUGAAUGCAUCACCGACAGAACCGGCGUUGUUCUUCCGGUGUUGGAGGUCAAAAAGCUGAGCCGAAGAAGAAGAAGAAGAAGAAGAAGAAACAGCGAGGGUUGGAGUAAACGACAGAAACCACAAGACAAAUAACUGGAAAUAUGUCCCACACCAUCCUGCUGGUGCAGCCCACCAAAAGACCAGAGGGGAGAACGUAUGCUGACUAUGAAUCUGUGAACGAGUGCAUGGAAGGUGUGUGUAAGAUGUACGAGGAGCAUCUAAAGAGAAUGAACCCCAACAGUCCGUCCAUCACGUACGACAUCAGUCAGCUGUUUGACUUCAUCGAUGACCUGGCCGACCUCAGCUGUUUGGUGUAUCGUGCCGACACACAGACGUACCAGCCAUACAACAAGGACUGGAUCAAAGAGAAGAUCUACGUGCUGCUGCGGCGUCAGGCCCACCAGGCAGCAAAGUAAAGCAGGAAUCACUGUGUGGAGAAUUUAUGUUUACUCUAUCUUACCUGUUGAAAAACUAACUUGUGUGGAGAUUUUUU